AUGCAGAAAAGAAUAGAAGAUAUUGAAGCCAUGUUAUUUGAUGGAGGGACAACCAACCGAAUUGAUUUCCGUAAUGUUAAGAUUAGAGAAACAGCUAUUGUUAAUAAAGAAAAGCCAAACUAUGUAAGGCUUAAAGCCAGGACAUCACCACUGAAAAAUGUGCACACGUUGACAGAUUGGAAGGGAGGUGCAGUGCCUUUUAGUCUUGCACACUUCCGAAAGGAUAUAAUUCGAACAUGUCCAAAUAUAACAUUAGAGGAACCUGUUCAGGACAACAGGUCUAAUAAGGAGGAGGAGCAGGUUCGAUGGACGCGUCCUCGUGUAGUUAUGACUCCAGCUGUCAGUAUCGACGACGUAGCAGACCAGCAUGUGCGACAGAUUUUGUUGGACGACGUAUACACUAGCACUACUCGUCGAACGUACAAAGAAUCAAAGACAAGCUGUCAUAAUGUAAAAGCACCAUUGCCUUUACGCCUCGCGCCUACUAACCCCGGAGAUGAUCUGGUGGGCGUUGCGGCCAAAGUAUUGGUACCAGAGACCUACGUGGAAAUCGUACGUGACAUGUACCGCAACUCCGAUUCAAUAGUCAGAACCGCUGUUGGUGAUACCACCCCCUUCCCCAUAACCGUAGGGGUGCAUCAGGGCUCCGUCUUAAGCCCCUAUUUCUUCUGUGUGAUAUUAGACGAACUGUCAGCCAGUGUACAGAAACUAUCGCAGCCUUGGCUACUUAUGUACGCUGAUGAUAUCGCACUGGUAGAUGGGGACAAAGGACGGCUAACCAGACGCGUGCACGCAUGGAGGGAGGCGCUUGAGAACGGCGGGCUGAAGCUAAACGUGGCGAAGACGGAGUAUCUGGCCUGCAACAGCACAGAUCUGACGUCUCUCCGUAUAGGCGACGACACCGUCGAGCACACGGACAACUUCAAGUACCUCGGAUCUGUGCUUGAUGCGUCCGGGGACAUCGAUCGCGACAUCAAGGCCUGUAUAUCAACGGCUUGGGCGAAAUGGCGCAAGUUAGCGCUUGCUAAAUGGGCACCUCCGUUAGUCUCUCUGCAAUGGCGCUGGGAAUCAGCAAAAUGGGACAGGAAGCAGUUGAGAGCCCACUGCGAGCCCACCAAAGAGUUUUGGCUGCGUCGUAAUUAA